GGCGCCAUUUACUGUCAUCUUCUUUUUACCUUUUCUAAUCUGAUGGAGGUCAAGAUCACCGAACAUAUGCUGGUCUCUUUAUUUUGUUUUAUUAUAAUUUCUUGUGGAGGCAGCCAAGGUUCUCUGGGCUGUGAUGUUGAGGUGCAGGUGCGAAGAGGACAAGUGUAUGCUGUUUCUCCUCAUGAAUAUGUGGAGAUCAAAUGUCCCGUCCAGCACUGUGGAAAACCUGUGCAUGUUGUCUGGUGCAAAUUUCUGGACAUAAACUUCUGCAAGCAGCUCAAUAAUUCAGACCACAUUCAGAUAAAGGAAGGCAUGCUGUCAAAUGAUAGGAUGGAGUCUGUUCUAAUAUUCAAAAAGAUCUUUGCAGAGGACAGUGGAGAGUACUCAUGUAGAGAAAUGAAAUAUCAAAUAGUGGGGCAUAUGAUAAAUGUCAAUGUUUCAGAGAUGAACCAAGGAGGGCAAAACCAUGAUAAAAAAUCAGAUCACCCCCAAAACUGUGAGAAUGAUCAAAGCGUCUCUAAUGAAGAUGAGAUGAAGAUGACCGCACUGGUGUAUUUUAUCAUUUUUCUUAGUAUAGUUCUUGUCUUAUUUGCAAUUACAGCCAUAGUCCUGCUGAAAAUGUAUGGCUGCAAAUCGAUGCCACGACACCAACCACAAACAAAAGAGGAACAGCCAUCACACAUGUUACCAGGUCUGCCCAGAAGAAGUUCUCCUAUUUUGCACCAGUCCUCAUGCAUCGUGAAGAUAGAAGCGCCUUCAAAUCACCCAGAGAGGGCCAUCGGGGGCCAACUUUUAACAGGUCCAAGUGAAGCUCCAAGCCCAGAAUCUGUUGUGUACUCGAAAAUCGACCGCACAAAGUCGAGGAAAAGUUUUCAGCAUCACGCCUCAGUUCAAAGUAGCGGUCAAAUGAACGUAAUUAGUGUUGUCAGUUCUGAAAUAUUAUAGAUAUAUAGUAUUUAUUUAAAGCUCAAAAUUUUAAGUAUAAAGUAUAACCUGUCUAACUAACAUGCGAAAAGGAAUUGGAUCAUUUAAAGUGGUUUUAAAAAAUUACUACCACUGAACUUUUUACAACCAUUCUUUUCAAUUUUUUCAGCUAAGAUAUAAAACUGUACAUACUUUUUGCUACAACUCAAUCUUCUUGUCUUUUGUACAGAAAUGUUUUUUUAUUCACAAUGAUGACUCACAAGGGAAUAGCAGGGAAUAAGCUGUCAAGGUUUAUAGCCGAUACAGGCAAUAUGUACUCAACUACUACUGACUUUCUUUUCCAGACUGACAUCUUUUCAGCUACAUAUUAAAUUGCAAAUACUUUAUGAUAUGAUUUGACCAUCUCGUUUGUUGUCCUAUCUAAUUAAUAUAGGAAAAGCCAUUGGAUAGUGUCAACAUUUAAGUGGUUUUAAAAAAAAACACAACAACAACAAAAGAGAUAGAUAAGAUGUCAAACUGUGCAUACUUUUUGUUAAGAUUCAACCUUCUUGCCUUUUGUCCUUAACUAAUCUGGAAAUAGUUGAAUAUUGUCAAGGUGUACAGCCAAAAUGUUGUAAAUAUGUAUUCAUCUACUACUGACUUUUGUUCUCCGACUGACCUCUUUUCAGCUAAAAUAAUAUUAAAUUGUACAUACUACGUCUUGAUCUUGUUUAUUAUCCUAAAAAAACUUGUACCUUUUUUUUUUUUUUUUUUUUUUUUUUUUUUUUUGCAAAUGUUCUCGAAUGUUCCUGUCUUCUGUGUUCUGUAUUUUUGACAAAUUUGUGUCAUAUAUUGUACAUUUGCACUGGCCCUAGAGGAAAUGCUCACAGACCACAGGUGAAUAACUUUGAGCAAACAGGAAACAAAAAAGAGUCAUACUUCAACCUAAACUGGGGGCAAUAGGUCUUCUGUGGUUUCACUUUACAGUUAGUAACUGGUCUCUCCAAACGAGCUGUGAGACGCUGCAGAACAUCCAGAACGCUGCAGCUCGGGUCCUUACUCGAACUAGGAAGUACAAGCACAUAAGUCCUGUGCUCAGGUCUCUGCACUGGCUUCCUGUGCCUCAGAGAAUAGACUUUAAAACAGCUCUGCUUGUGUACAAGUCUCUCCAUGGCCGAGCACCAAAGUACAUCUGUGACAUGUUAGUGUCAUAUGAACCAUCUCGCACUCUGAGGAGCUCAGGGACCGGCCUCCUGCUGGUGCCCAGAGUCAGGACUAAACAAGGGGAGUCAGCGUUUCAGGUUCAUGCAGCUAAAACCUGGAACAGUCUUCCUGAACAUGUGAGACAGACUCUUCUGUGACGCUGUUUAAAUCCAGACUCAAAACAUUUCUGUUUAACUGUGCAUAUAACUGAAAGGUUUUCAUUCCGCACUCUUCUCUCCAAUUUAUGUCUCUCUUUUUUUAAUUUUAAUCUUCAUGAUUAUUUAUGUUUUGAUUUGUUUUUAUUAUGAUGUUAAUGUAUUUCUUAUUCUGUAAAGCACUUUGAAUUACUUUGUGUACGAAUUGUGCUAUACAAAUAAACUUGCCUUGC